AUGAAGUCCUCCAUACUACCGAUCGCUUUGCAAAACAAGCUGGCAGGCUACAGUGGCUACAGCCGAGUCUCCAGCGCCCAUUUAUCAGCCCUGAAUCUAGACCUCCUCAAAAACAUCCUAUUUAUCCUUUUCAUCCUACGAUACACCCGCAAAACCUUCUACUCCCUCCGCGGCUAUGGCAUCUUCGGCAGCAUCCGCAACCUCUACAUCUCCCUCCGGCUCUUCUGCUACGGUCUCUUCCUGCGCAUGCCCGGCGUCCGCGGCCAGGUCGAUAAGCAGGUCACCGAGGCUAUUACGAAGCUGGAGGCGAAACUGGUGAAAUCUGGACCGGAUGUUACGCGCUAUCUGACUUUGCCGAAGGAUGGAUGGUCUACGGAGCAGGUCCGCGCGGAGCUGGACAAGUUGGCUGCGCUUGAACAUACGCGUUGGGAGGAUGGGCGCGUGAGCGGCGCUGUUUACCAUGGUGGCGAGGAUUUAUUGAAGUUGCAGGCUGAGGCUUUCGGCCAGUUUGGUGUUGCGAAUCCGAUUCAUCCGGAUGUUUUCCCGGGUGUGAGGAAGAUGGAGGCCGAGGUUGUCGCUAUGGUUCUUGCUUUGUUCAAUGGGGACUCUGGUGGUGCGGGUGUUACUACCAGUGGUGGCACGGAGUCUAUUCUUAUGGCUUGUUUUGCUGCGAGGCAAAGGGCUCGGGCGCUCGGUAUUAAAAAGCCCGAAAUGAUCAUUCCUGAUACCGCACAUGCUGCAUUCAUUAAGGCUUGCGACUACUUCAAGAUUACGCUACACCGGGUGGAAUGCCCAGAGCCCGAGUUCAAGGUUAACGUUGCCCAUGUUCGCCGUUUUAUUAACCCUAACACUAUUCUACUUGUUGGAUCUGCCCCCAAUUUCCCCCACGGUAUCGUUGACGAUAUCCCCAGUCUAUCAAAACUGGCCGUCUAUCAUGAUAUUCCUCUCCACGUCGAUUGCUGUCUGGGAUCUUUUGUCGUUGCACUCCUCAAGAAGGCCGGCUUCCCUUCACCGUACGAAGAACAAGGUGGUUUCGACUUCCGCCAACCCGGUGUGACCAGCAUCAGUGUCGAUACUCACAAGUACGGAUUUGCCCCCAAGGGUAACUCCGUCCUGCUUUACCGCAACGAGUCCUACCGCAAACACCAAUACUUCAUCUACCCUGACUGGUCCGGCGGUGUCUACGCUUCUCCCUCUAUUGCGGGCUCGCGUCCUGGCGCUCUCAUCGCCGGCUGCUGGGCCAGCUUGAUGAACGUCGGCGAGAACGGCUACAUCAAGAGUUGUACUGAGAUUAUCAACGCCGCGCGGAAAUUUGAAACAGCUGUCCGAACAGACCCGACCAUCUCCCUGCACAUGGAGGUCAUUGGAAACCCCAUUGUUAGCGUUGUUGCCUUCCGCAGCAAGAAUGGUGCCAUUGACAUCUAUGAUAUUGCUGAUGACUUGUCCGCCAAGGGAUGGCACCUCAAUGCCCUGCAGUCUCCCCCUGCUAUUCACUGUGCCUUUACUAUCCCCACUGCCAAGGCCGUCGACCAGCUCGUCGCCGAUCUGACCGAGGUCAUUGGCAAAGAGCUUGAGAAGGCCGAGCAGCGAAAGCGAGAGGGCAAAUCAUACGUGCUCAAUCGUGGUGAUACUUCCGCACUUUACGGUGUCGCCGGCAGCAUCCCCGAUAAGAGUAUUGUCGGGAAGCUAGCAGAGGGCUUCUUGAACACUUUGUACAAAGCUUAA